AUGAAGGUUUCUACGCUUUUGGUCGCUGGCGCCCUUGCCACCGGUAUUAUUGCUGACGAAUCCAGAGAAACUGUCACCGUCACCGUUCACGGCACUACUCAAACCCACAAGUACGGAAAGUUCGACAAGACUAAAAAGUCUCAUGCUUCCACUUCUUCUGGUACCCACAAGUACGGCAAGUUCGACAAAACCAAGAAGUCCCAUGCUUCCACCUCUUCUGGAACUCACAAGUACGGAAAGUUCGACAAGACCAAGAAGUCUCAUGCCUCUACUUCUUCUGGAACCCACAAGUACGGUAAGUUCGACAAGACCAAGAAGUCUCAUGCCUCUACCUCUUCUGGAACUCACAAGUACGGAAAGUUUGACAAGACCAAAAAGUCUCACGAGUCCACCUCCUCUGGUACCCACAAGUACGGCAAAUUUGACAAGACAAAGAAACCAGUCACCACCACUGUUUACAUCACAGACUCCAACAACAAGGCUAUAGCCUUUGCUGUUAAGGAAGCCAAUGGAACUAAUGGCACCAACGGAACCAACGGAACCAAUGGCGGUUCUUCUUCUGAAAACGCCGGUGUGCAAAUGGGCACUGGUAUUUCUCUCGGAGUCGCUGGUGCCCUUGCUGCUGGUCUUCUCUUGCUUUAA